AUGUCCGACGCUCUCCAGCUGGACCUCUCCAAAAUCAGGCCGCACACAACCUCCUCCCUCCCCCACCAGAAGGCUCCAGCCGUUCUCCUCCAGGCACUCGAGUCCACCUUCCGUGAACAGAACACCGAAGCCUCUCCUACAGCUUAUUUCGCUGCUCUUUUGACCACUCUGGAUGGCACCUUACAGACGGCACCAACAUCCGGUCCACCCUUGGGCGAUGGCGAUGUUUUACCCGCUGUCUUAUAUCUGUUUGCUCUCGUCGCACCGCACGUUCCACCCCCAGUGAUACGCUCCAACUUGACGACACUUAUCUCUCUGACGUGUCCUCUUCUACCCAUAAUUUUGGGCCAUGCACCGCCAUUGCGAUCGCAGCUGGGUCUGUAUAAUGCGAUUUUGCGAUCUCUCGAACGCCCACACCUCGAGACUCGGGGCCUUCGCCAGUCUUUCGUGUUCAUCCUGCGCCUCUCACUGGACCCGCGACCCAAGGUGCGGAAACGCGCUGUUGAACUGGUCAAAGACGUACUUUCUGCUCCACCACCUCCCUUGCUGAGACAUCCGUAUGCGGAGCGUGCCGCAGACUGGGUUAGCUCCGCUUUGGCAGAGAUCAAUUCUGGAGGAUUACAUAAAUUUAAAGGAAAGAAAGCAGAGAACGAAGGAUCCGAUACUGCGAUUCACCUACUUGCCUUCUUACGUCCAGUAUUGCCCACCCUUCCCCCGGCCUCACUCCCCCUUAUAACAACGUCUCUUCUUACCUUGCCUCGGCUAGGAAACCCAUACCUUUCUCAUUCUGCGUAUUCUAUCCUUGCCGACCUGCUGGCCCUGGCGGUGGACGACCCCGCGAACAACAUCCAGCAACAGCUUCACGAAGUUAUCAAAGCUAUGUUGUCCAUUUCGUCCACUAAGGUAGAUCCUACGUUUGCCCCCGCGUGGGCGGGCGUACUCGGCAAUGCCAUGCUUGCCUUCCAUGCCGCGGACGCAGAAGCGUGCGCUGCAGAGGUAGGCAAGGUAUGGAAAGCGCUUUGGCCUUUACUCGAAGAGACGGAUACUUCCACCAGAAAGGCGGCGGCGCAGGCAUUGGGCAUGCUGGCGCAAUGCUUCACCCACUCCUUCAUCACUGCGACUAUCGUAGAGAGGGGCCAGGACGAGCAUAAAUCCGUGAUUGGAAGGAUCAUCUCUCAAGUGACGAAGGCCCUCGACUCGUUGACGUUUGCUCGCUCCAUUCCAGAGUUGCUAACAGUGAUAUCGUGCCUCCUUGCUAAUUUGCGGUACCGAGGUGACUCACGUGCGUCUCCAACCGCUGCAGAGUUGCUUCUUCUGCCUCUGGUUGCGUGUAUCGGUGAACGAAGAAUUCAGAAAAAUUUUGAGCACAAAGAGGCUGCGGAUGCGACGUUGGGCACGGCGAUGUGCGUUCUCGGACCUGAAGUGCUGCUCCGGGCUCUUCCUCUCAAUCUUGAGCCUGCGGAUAGGCUGGGUGGCCGCGAACCACGCGCUUUCUUGCUACCCUUGCUCUCCCAACCACAUCCAUCACCACUUGGGCAUUUCGUGUCGUACUUCGUGCCCCUCACUGAGCGCAUGUUUGAUUUGCAGCAAAAGGCCGAGACGGAGGGCCGGCAAUCUGAGGCCAAAGUAUGGAGCGUGUUGGUAGAACAGAUUUGGAACGGUCUUUCUGGGUACUGCUGGGGUACCGUAGACCUGCAGCAGGCUUUAACACACGAGUUCUCUCAGUUGCUCUCACAGCUGCUCUACAACCAGCCUGAACUGCGUCCCGCUGUCCUCAAAGCGCUCAAGGUCAUGGUAGAUUCGAACGUGGCUCUUGCAUCAGGGGAGACGACCCGAUUGCCCGAAUCGGUAUUAGGAGACGCAAUCUCUACUGAGGCUGCGGCUCAUAAUGUCGCGUUCCUCCGCUCUCAAGCUGAGAGCUGGCUCGCGGUACUUUUCAACGUAUUCAGCAGCGUGGGCAGGGAGAGCCAAGGCAUGGUGGGAGAUGUUGUCAGUGCAUGGACUGCCAUUGCUGGGGAGCAGGAGAUCACGAAGGCUUACCACAAGCUCGUGGAGCUGUUCAAGCAGAACUUGAGCGAGUCGCAGCCCUCCCAUGGAGCAAACAAUGCUGGUAGCAUCACUGCAGUGACUCAGGAUCUCCUUUUACUCCUCCUGCCACAUCUUUCGUCUGUUGACGCGACCGCUCUUUUCGAUCUAUGCCUUUCUGCUGAGGUUCUGGGAAACAGCGAUAACGGCGUGCAGAAGCGGGGUUACAAGAUCCUAUCCAAGUUAUCCGAGAAUCGUAAAGUAGAGAUUCGCGUGGAUUUAGUCAUAGAGCGGCUAGAGAAGAACCUUGACGGCUUAGCCGCAGCCGCGAAGAAGGACCGUUUUACUCUGUUGAGCCACUUGGUUCCUCUCAUCUCUUCAGCACAGAUGCAUAUCAUUUUGUCGGUCAUUCCUGAAGCCGUCUUGGGCACAAAAGAGCCCUCCGAGAAGGCAAGAAAUGCUGCGUUCGCCUUGAUUGUCGUCAUGGGUCGAAAGAUGUCAGAAGGGGGACUUGUGAGGCGAAACAUUUUGGACGGUAUGGACCAAGAUGGUGCUGAUGAAGUCACCGCGAGUGUGGAAGAGUAUAUGACGAUGGUUGCUGGUGGGUUGGCGGGUGCUAGUCCGCACAUGAUCAGCGCCACGGUCACUGCAAUAUCACGGCUGGUAUUCGAGUUCAAGGAUUCUAUCUCUCCCCAGAUGCACACUGAAAUUUUUACAACGUUGCUUGUCUUCGUGUCAUCAGCGAAUCGAGAGAUCGUGAAGUCUGUACUCGGAUUUGUCAAGCUUGCGAUUCAUACCAUGCCACUGGAUUUGCUUCGUCCGCACUUGAAGGAGCUGGUACCUGCUCUGUUGCGAUGGUCCCACGAUCACAAGAACCAUUUUAAAACGAAGGUUCGACAUAUAUUCGAGCGAAUGAUUCGCAGGUUUGGUUUCGAGGAGGUGUAUUCCUUCGCAGGGGAAGAAGAAGCGAGAAAGGUGCUUUUGAACAUCAAGAAGCGCAAGGAUAGGGCCAAGAGAAGGAAAGUUCGUGAAGAUGAAGACGAGGAUGAGGAACCAGCACCUAAACCUGUUACAGGUGAUGCAUUCGAAGAUGUCUUGUACGGAAGCGAAAGCGAAAUCGAAGACAGCGACGACGAAUACGCUACUGCUCAGAACUCCCGGGGCGCUAAAAGUCACAAUACUGGUACGCGACUACGCGUGGAUGAUGAUGAACCAAUGGAUCUUCUCCAAGGCGCUGCGUCACGCGUCACCAAAGCCAGUUCUAGUAAACGUCGCAAGCCGGGCCAGGAUGCGAGGCGCUAUAAGACUGACGAGGGCACUGGCAGGAUGGUCAUUGAUGAGGAAGACGGCUCAGAUGAGGAUGAUGCGAAUGCCGCUGCGGACGAUGCGUAUCGCGAGAGUUUGACAUCUGCAGACGGCUUUACACGUGGGCCCAACGGGCGUGUAAAAUUCAAUAAGGACAACAAGAAACGGAGACGCGGGAACGAGGACGCGGGAAACGAGGAUGUCGAGAUGGGUGAUGGCGAGUCGCGUGUUGCAACCAAGAAGAACAAGAGGAGAACAGACACGAAGCUCGGGCACGAGUUCAAGGCAAAAAAAGCUGGCGGUGACGUCACGAAAAAUGGUGUAGAGCCGUAUGCCUACCUGCCACUUGCGCAGGCGGCGAAGAAGCGUAAUCGUGGUUCGCGGGUUGGGAUUGCUGGCAAACGAUGA